AAGCCAUUUGGAGCCUUUCACGGGCAAGUCGCCGAACUCCGUCGCCAAGUCGACAGAUGGUUUUUGGCCUCAUCUGGGCACUGUUGCCCUUCAUCGCAGGAGGAGACAGCGUUUUGGAGUACCACGCUAUCUGUGAUGCGGGCAGCACCGGCACGCGACUCUAUGUGUUUGCUUUGGAUUUGAGUGCUGGGAAGGCGGAGUCCAUCUUUGUGAAGAAGACCAAGCCUGGACUGUCCUCCUAUGCUAGCAAGCCUCAAGACGCGGUCGCGCCCUUGCUGAAGCUGCUGCAAGAAGGACGGGCUGCGUAGGGGCUGCGGGGUGGACAGCGAGUCUGGGCGUUGUUCACGGCCCGACGAGUGACGGCGACGGUGAAAGUCGAAGAGUCGUUCUUUUGAAGGCAGGGAAACUUCUUGUAAGGAUGGAUGUUCGUUCAGAUCAGCUGUGCAGAGGUUGAUCCUUUUAGCCCGAAACACUUUUGCCAGAUCUUGUCUUUAGAGGGUAGAAGAGGAGACACAAACCAAGAGACAAACCACAAUAUAUCCAUAGAUUCGCAAGCUGCGGGAGAUGCGCCCACGUUCGAUAGAAUUGAUGGAGACCAACAUCAUUCUCCUUCUGAAAGGGGGGGCUGAAGACAUUGUUUGGCACUACGAGCUGGGAGUGCAGACCUGACUUUUGUUCCAGAACUACUGAGAUGCAGACACAGAACUCCAGGCCUAGGCAUUUUGGUAGUCAGUUGAUUUUCGUGAUGGGUAGUCGACAACAUCCUUGAACACGUGAACACCGAAUAUAACACGGUGUCAUGGCGAAAGAGUGUGUUCAUCAGUGGUCACUGCGUUUCUUUUGAGGUUUCCACACUCUGAGUCACUCUGUGCGGUAGUCGUAAAAUGGUCUUCCGAAACUGGAGCCAUGCCAUUCACUUCCAUGAUUGUGACUUGUGCAGGUCAUACGCCGAUUCAUUCCCAGGUCUGCCUCUCCAGGAGCCUCAAAGAUCCCAGAGCGUGUGCGACGGAAGGUGCCACUGUUGAUCUUCGGCACCGCGGGGAUGAGGCACGGCACCGCUGGUGCAGGAAUGCUGCCAUGAAUCGGUCAGUGCGCGAUGCGGGGAGCGGAAACGGGAUCUUAGCCAUUGCAUCAGGUAGUUGGAGUGAGGACAGCUUCGGCUUCUGGAUUCCACCAUUUAGUGGGAAAUCGGUUUGCAGGUUCUUGAUGUUCGUAAGUAGGAUUUUUUCCUUUUUGCCUUUCUCUCAUCAUUUGAACAAUGAGCAUCUCUCUCCCGGCAGCCGGCUUUGGGGAGAUCGACCAAAGAAUGAGUGUGAACGGCACUUGUUCAUUUCAGCCAGUGAAUAGCUUUGCAUUGCCAGCCACGACUUGUCGUUCUGCAUCCCUGUCCACAACGCCAGGAUGUUGCCAUCUGCAACGCAGGCAGAGCUUUGGUCGACGGUGCUGAAGACAGCAGAGCAGGAGAGCUUUCCCUUCGAUCCGAGCAAUUUCAUCGCCCGCACCGUGAGUGGCGACGAGGAGGGCUUGUGGGCGGUGCUGACCACAAACUUCCUCAUCGGGAGGAUGGGGCACAACCUCCUUUCGCACGGCAGUGGGUCGCCCUUGGGCCUACUGGACUUAGGUGGAUCCAGCACACAGAUCGGCGUGCCCAGCCAAGCGGCGGCCGAGAAAGGCAUCAACUUUAGUCACGGCGUGAUGGUGAAGAGUUACUUGGGCUUCGGCAUGACCCACAUCCGCGAGCAGGUGCGGAAGGAGUCCUCCGACAGCGCUGACCUGAGCUGCUACAUGAAAGGGACGCCGGUGGAUGGCCUGUUGGGUCAGGGCGAGGCGCCCAAGUGUCGCCAGCUCAUCCACCAGCUGCUGAAGCAGAAGUCCAGCAGUUGCAAAGCCGAGCUUUCCCCGGAACCCUGCCUGGGAGACUUGAGCCCCGAAGCCCACGACGCCGUCCAGGGCAAUGGUGUGUCCUUCUUUGCCGUGAGCGGCCUCACCUACGUAGCAGACUUCGCUCGAUGGUGGGCCUCUCACCAGCAGCCUUCACAUGAGGUGACGAAGGCAUUCCUGCAGGCGUACCCGCGCCCCACUUUGACAGAGCUGGAAGCCGUGAUUGACCUGAUGUGCGAGGGCGAGUACGGCUGGGUGGAGGAGCAGACCAAGGAGAAGAGCACGGCACAUCAGUACACUGCAGCGGACAACGCGCCCUACCGCUGCUUCCAGGCAAACUACAUGCUGAUCCUGCUGCGUGAGAUCUAUGGCUUCUCGAAGGAUGCCCGCAAGGUCACCUUUGCCUUAGAGGCCUCGGGCGAGGACUUGGAGUGGCCCUUGGGCGCACUGCUCCACCACCGCGCUAGAGCCGAGAGGCCAGUCGUCAGCGGAGAGCUCUGAGGCCUUUCGCCCACACCCCCGCACGCCCGUCCCGUCCCGUGAUCGGUCGGGCCAAAGACAUACAGACUGUUGGCCAGUUGUUGGCCAGUACAGACGUGCUCCGGCAGCUUGUUCGGAGAUGAAC